UUUUUUUUUUUUUUUUUACGCUUAAGAGCGCGAGUCGCCGCCCUUCCAACGUGAAAGCGUCGGUUUUAAAAUAAUUCAACGGUAUCAUUUUAAAAAAAACGCUAUAAAAGCAUCGACGGUGUUUUGAUCAAAUGUACACAUUUGCAUGUGUCGGUGGUGUGACAGAUGUGGACUGUAGUUGAAUGGAACGAUUAAAUGACGCCCUCUGCCGGCUACUUGCUCUCAUUACCGUUGAAUGUUUUCGGAUUAAAACAUCAACUCUUUUAUUUUUUUUUUAAAUGGAGCUAGUUUAGAAUAUAAUGUUGUCACGCGCAGCAAAGUGUAAGUUAAAUGCGUGAGCGGAUGGUUUGAGCAGUGGAAAAAAAAAAAAACAAUCGUCACCCACUGUCACGUGUUUUUGUUUGCGUUUGAAAUCAAGAUGGAGUCGAAGGCGACGCCGUUGCCAUGACAGCCGUCGCCCUUUUCCGGGCGACUACACGGUUGAAGUCGAUCAAGAGUUGCGCUUGCUGCUGCUGCUGCCGCCGCGUCGUCGCCGGCCCGGUUACGCGUCUUUCUUCUUCACGUUCCGCGAUGCCACCCGAAAGUGCAAAUGCGCCGCGGGGGGAGGAGAAGAAGAAAAAGAAGAAGAAGCAGCCCCCCAAGGGCAAAACGUCCGGGGCACCGGCGGACGUCCUUUCGACGGAAGACAUGUCCAAGCAGCAGCUGGAGGAGCACGUGACCCACCUGCGCGAGGAGCUGGAGCGCGAGCGCGAGGAGAGGAGCUUCUUCCAGCUGGAGCGAGACAAGAUCCGUAGCUCGUGGGAGGUGAGCCAGCGCCACCUGCGGGAGACCCGCGCGCAACUGGCCCACCGCGGCAGGGAGAAGGACGACGCCGAGCGACGCCACCGCGUCGAGAUUUCGGUGUACAGGCGGAAGCUGAAGGCCGUCCUGUCGGAGCAGCGGGCGGCGGCGGCGGACGAGAAGAACGACGGCGACGCGGCGGGCUGGCUGGCGCGUCGACGCCACGCCGACGCCGAGCUGCGUCUUGGAGUUUGA